UUUAAAUUUGUAUUAAGUGAUUUUUUUUGGAUUUUAAAUAGUACAAAAUGUUUAUGCCAGGUGCAACAGAAUCUGAGGGUUUAAAUUUAGGCAGUUUAGGAAUGUUAAGUACUACUGCAAAUGGCGCAAGUGGGAUACAGCAGAAGGAUACUACUUGGACAAAGUUAUUUGUGGGUGGUUUACCAUAUCAUACAACGGAUAAAUCGUUACGUGAACAUUUUAAUGUUUAUGGUGAUAUUGAAGAAGCUGUUGUGAUUACAGAUCGACAAAGUGGGAAAAGUCGUGGAUAUGGUUUUGUUAUUAUGGGUGAUCGUCCUUCAGCUGAACGUGCAUGCAAAGAACCAAAUCCAAUUAUCGAUGGCAGAAAAGCAAACGUAAAUUUAGCAAUAUUAGGAGCAAAACCCAGAGGCAAUGUACCCACUGGUUUUCCAUUUCCCGGAAUACGAGCUGGUUAUCCAACAUUAUUACCAGGUCAAUAUGGCGUUUCACCUAGUUACAUGGCGUAUCAGUCACCGUACCUAACAGCUGCAGCAGCUCCAGCACCCGGAGGAUUAAUGCCGCUACCGCCAACAACAGCAUCACAAUUGAGUCAUGCAGCCGCUGUAGCUGCCGCCACAACACAGUUCUACGAGUACCAGAGUGCAGCCGCGGCAGCGGCCGCUGCUGCAUCGUAUCCAGCACAAUAUGCCAACGGAUUUGAAGCUUAUCCAUAUGCAACGGCUGCAGGUGCUGCUAGCUACAUGACACCAUACACAUAUGCGGCAUUACCACAGACAGCUGCUGGUUUACCGACUGCAACAGCAAGUGCGUUCCCUACACUACCUUAUCAAACGGCUGCCCAAGCAGCGACGCUCCAGGAGGCAAGAAUGCAAUGAACAUACUAAAAACUAAACACAUAUUAUUUAACAAAAAAAAAAUAGAAUGAUAUAGUUUCAUAAAGAUACCACACAGGGUCACCACCAUCCAACGACGUAAACUUACAACAUGUGUCUACAACAAAAUAUUUUUUUUAAAUAACAAAAAAAUCAUUCUUAAACUAAGUCGCCGCUAGUCUUGCUAUCUUUUCCGCACUUA